AAUACCAAUAAUAUUAUAUUAUUACUUGUUUUACCUCUCUCUUCUUUUGGUUACUAUUAUUCUUUUUUUUUUUAUUUAUUUUAUUUAUUUUGACAAGUGGGAUCAAUCUAUUAUUAUUAUUACUUGAAUGACAGUCAAAGUGAUACCUGGUGAAUUCACCCCUUUUACUAUUGCGAUAGCUAUACUUAGUGGUAUUAUUCUUUUUUAUGGAUAUGUAUCUAUGUUUGUAAAGGAACGUAUGUUUCUUUCUGAAGCUUUUGUUGCUUUAAUAGUUGGAAUUAUAGCAGGACCAUUAGUGACAAAUGGAUUUAAUCCUUAUAGUUGGGAAAAUACAGAUGAAAUCACUAAAGAACUUACUCGAUGUGUGAUUGCUAUUCAGGUCAUGGCUGUUGGUAUUGAACUUCCAAAACAUUAUUUGAAAAAGGAAUGGCGGACCAUGUUCAUGUUUCUGAUCCCUAUCAUGAUCUUCAUGUGGCUGAUCAGUGGUUUAUUCAUUUGGGCUCUGAUUCCUCCUCUUGACUAUUUGCACGCCCUUGUUAUCGCUGCGUGUGUAUGUCCGACUGAUCCUAUUUUGGCUAACUCUGUUGUAAAAGGCCGUUUUGCUGAAAAACAUGUUCCUGCUCAUAUUCGAAAUGCAUUAUCAGCGGAAAGUGGUGCAAAUGAUGGUAUGGGAUUUCCCUUUUUAUUUUUGGCCCUUUUCUUAAUCAAUGAAGAUUCAGUUGGAACUGCCAUAGGAAAAUGGGUUUAUAUUACUGUUCUUUUCCAAAUUGUCCUCUCUUGUGUUAUCGGUGCUGUCGUAGGUUGGGUUGCUUGCAAAGUUCUUCAAUGGUCCGAAAAGAAACACUUGAUCGACAAACCUUCUUUCUUAUCUUUUGGUAUUGCUCUUGCCUUAUUCUUGAUGAGUAUGACUGGUUUCUCUGGUAGUGAUGAUGUAUUGGCUUGUUUUGUUGCUGGUAACGCAUUUUCAUGGGAUGAAUGGUUUCGUAUUGAAACAGAAGAAGCUCAUUUUCAAGAUGUCAUUGAUAUGAUGCUCAAUUUGGCUGUCUUUGUUUAUAUUGGUACUAUCAUUCCUUGGUCUGAAUUUGGUAAUGCUGCAAUUGGAUUAUCUCCUUGGCGAUUGGUAGUUAUUGCUAUCCUGGUUUUACUCUUUCGUCGUUUACCUAUUGUGGUUGCUUUGAAACCUGUGAUGCCUGCUAUGAAAACAUAUCGUGAAGCAAUCUUUAGUGGUUGGUUUGGUCCUAUGGGUGUAGGUGCCGUGUUUUUGGCUAUGAUUGCAAAGGAAGAGUUAGAAGAAGUUUAUGCUGGCAAGCCACAACAUGUAUCUAUAGAAUUGAUUACUCCUGUGGUGUUAUUCAUUGUUUUGUCUUCUACUUUGGUUCAUGGUACAACAAUUCCUCUCUUCAAGAUUGGCAAACGUAUUCGUACUCGUACUUUAUCUAUUACUAGCACUGGAAGUAACCAAGUCCUUCGAUUACCAAAGAUUGGUCAACAGUUAAGUCGUAAGAGUGCUGAGGAUGAUCGUCGUAGUCGUCAUAGUUAUCAUGAAGGUAUGACAGAACUACAACGUAAUACACUUAUCAACACAUUACAACAACAAGAAAGAAUGGCAGCAGCUCAACAACAAUUAGGCGAUUCUGGACAAAUAACAAAUGGAUUACCUCAUGAAUCAAUUAUUCCAUCUCAAUCUGAUCAUGCGGCUAUAGAUAUGAAAAGACUCGAUCAUACCCAAUCGACACCUGUUACUGCUACACAUCAUACCGAUGACGAAGAUGAUUUUGCAGAAGAAGAAUUUUUACCUGGAGAAGAAGAAGAGGAUGAACCUACAACACAAUCUAUUGAACCUCAAAGUAUUCGAUUCUUGGAACCCAUCAAUCCUCGUAUAGCUACUGGUUCCUCCAGCAACAACAAUAACGUAGAUAAAAAUGAACAUAGCGUGUCAAGUUUUAGAGGAUGGUUGCAUCGGAACAACAAGGAUUCAAUGGAUGAAAACAAUGGAUCUACUUCACAUACUUCUCUUGGUGGUGGUGGUUCUGAUGAAUCUCCAUCUGGUUUACGACAACUUUUUACAUCAAGGCGUCAACCUUCUAAGGAUCUCGGAUCUCGUCAUCCUCGAAUCAAGGUAUGGGAUGAGGAUCAUCACAUUGUGAUAGAAGAUAUUGGUGACAGCAAAGAAGAAGUGGUCGAAAAGACAGGCGAUCAUUGGAAACAAAAAGUACAAGGCGUCAUUGACUCUAUGGAAAAGGAUAUCGACAAUAACAAGGAUUAGAUUUUAGUUCAUUAGAAUUUAUACCCUUCCCUCUGUUUUACUUUUUUUUUUAUUAUUAUUAU